AGAAGAGAAGAGAAGAGAAGAGAAGAGAAGAGAGAGGAGAGGAGAGGAGAAGAGAAGAGAAGAGAAGAGAAGAGAAGAGAAGAGAAGGGAAGGAAGAGAAGAGAAGAGAAGAGAAGAGAAGAGAAGGGAAGAGAAGAGAAGAGAAGAGAAGAGAGAAGGAAGAGAAGAGAAGAGAAGAGAAGGAAGAGAAGAGAAGAGAAGAGAAGAGAGAAGAGAAGAGAAGAGAAGAGAGGAGAAGAGAAGAGAAGAGAAGAGAAGGAAGAGAAGAGAAGAGAAAGCUUUGACAUCCUCAAGUACACAAUAGCAUUCAUGGAGUUUCAAGGCCCAGAAAUGAGAAUGGAUAAUUCCCUGUACUCCAGACACAAGUAUACUACGGUAUUUUCCAACUCUAAUUUUGGAAUUCCUAGUAAAGAACAGAUGGGAGGAGUAAUAGAUUGGAAAGAGAGAGUUGUCCACUCUGUGUAUGGAUGA